AUGCUUUUUGCAAGUUUUGAUCUCGUCUCGGCACUGGCUACCCUCGCCGCGUGCUUGGUGUCACUGACUUUGCUGCUGGCCGUGUCCCAACAGCUGUGGCAGCUCCGCUGGGCUGCCACCCGCGACAAAACCUGCAAGCUACCAAUCCCCAAAGGCUCCAUGGGAUUCCCUUUAAUCGGAGAGACCUUCCACUGGCUCCUGCAGGGCUCCUGCUUCCAGUCCUCGCGGCGGGAGAAGUACGGGAACGUGUUCAAGACGCACUUGCUGGGGCGGCCGCUGGUGCGGGUGACGGGCGCGGAGAACGUGCGCAAGAUCUUGAUGGGGGAGCACCACCUGGUGAGCACCGAGUGGCCGCGGAGCACGCGGAUGCUGCUGGGCCCCAACACCGUGGCCAACUCCAUCGGCGACAUCCACCGCCACAAGAGGAAGGUUUUCUCCAAGAUUUUCAGCCACGAGGCUCUGGAGAGUUACCUCCCCAAGAUCCAGCUGGUGAUCAAGGACACCCUGCGGGCCUGGAGCAGCAACCCCGAGCCCAUCAACGUGUACCACGAGGCGCAGAAGCUGACGUUCCGCAUGGCCAUCCGCGUCCUGCUGGGCUUCCGCAUCCCCGACGAGGAGCUCGGCCGCCUCUUCGAGGUCUACCAGCAGUUCGUGGAGAACGUCUUCUCCUUGCCCGUGGAUCUGCCCUUCAGCGGCUACAGGAGGGGAAUCCGGGCCCGGGAGACGCUGCAGAAGGGGCUGGAAAAAGCCAUCCAGGAGAAGCUGCAGAACACGCAGGGCAAGGACUACGCCGACGCCCUGGACAUCCUGAUAGAGAGCGGGAAGGAGCACGGCAAGGAGCUGACCAUGCAGGAGCUGAAGGACGGCACCCUGGAGCUCAUCUUCGCCGCCUACGCCACCACGGCCAGCGCCAGCACCUCCCUGAUCAUGCAGCUCCUCAAACACCCGCGGGUGCUGGAGAAGCUGCGGGAGGAGCUGCGGAGCAAAGGGAUCCUCCACAACGGCUGCAUCUGCGAGGGCUCCCUGCGCCUGGACACCAUCAACGGCCUCCAGUACCUGGACUGCGUCAUCAAGGAGGUUCUCCGGCUCUUCACCCCCAUCUCCGGGGGGUACCGGACGGUGCUGCAGACCUUCGAGCUGGACGGUUUCCAAAUCCCCAAGGGCUGGAGCGUGAUGUACAGCAUCCGGGACACCCACGACACCGCCCCCGUCUUCAAGGACGUGGACGUCUUCGACCCCGACCGCUUCGGGCAGGGCCGGAGCGAGGACAAGGACGGCAGGUUCCACUACCUCCCCUUCGGAGGAGGCGUACGGACCUGUCUGGGGAAGCACCUGGCCAAGCUUUUCCUCAAGGCUCUGGCCAUCGAGCUGGCCAGCACCAGCCGCUUCGAGCUGGCCACCAGGACUUUCCCCAGAAUCACCCUGGUGCCCGUGGUCCACCCGGUUGACGGACUCAAGGUCAAAUUCUUCGGACUGGAUUCCAACCAGAACGAGAUCCUGACGGGCACAGACGCCAUGCUGGGGGCCACCGUGUAGAGCCCGCGCCGGUGGCACCAGGG